AUGUAUGUCUACCGCAACCGCGAUCUCCCAGCGGAUCCUCACUUCCCGGCGGACCUUGCUAAGCUCGGGUACAUCAUCACCAAGGACGACAAGAUCCGCGCCAGUGUCGAUCUGGAAGGCGAGUUUCAAUACAAGAUCGACCGAAACGAUCGCUACAACGUAAAGAACCGAGAGGCAAUGGAUGAAUGCAUCCGUCGAACCGUUCUGCAGCGUCUGGAGGCCACCGGCCUAGAAAUCCGUAGACUCCCCUUCCAUAACAAUUCCCCCCCAAUCGAGACGCCUUGCAAUGAAGCCCAUGUCCCAAUUUUGGUGUCGACCAAUCUGUCCGGAGCUUCACGUCUCCUGGUUGUUUUCGGCGAGCCUGUUCAAGAUCUCGGCAUCUGGGCUUAUCGGUCCGUUGGCGAGGAUGGAAUCAACAUCGGCUCGGCUGUCGACUUUGCAAAGGGCGUUUUGGGUGACUCGGCAACGACCUCGACAACAAGCACAGCCCUGGUGCUGGCCAACCCAGGUCAAUUGAUCUGGCAUUGUGCGUCCUCACGAGCGGUCACCCAGCGUACAUGGGAGGCAGCUGACCGACCAUACGGUCCAUGGGGUCCAGCCACGACAUCCUGGCGCAACGAAAUCCCCGGUAACAAAGACUGGCGACAUCACAUUCGAUAUGUCCUUGACCAUGUCGUCUGGCCAUGGCUGGACGAGGGCAAGCGUGUUGACAUCAUUGGUCUCUCCGAGGGUGGACAGGGUGCACUGGAGUAUCUUCAGAAAAACUGGCCCAAAUGGAGACCUUACAUGAAUGGCAUCUGCUUGGGCAAUCCCCUGCAGUCUACCGCCGUUGACAUCGACAUGAGCGCCUUGACAGAUCCGGGAUCCUUUACGGCAUUCCUUGCCUCUCGUGGCCGAGCCUACGUGCUUUCCACGGAUCAGGUCGGCAGAUUUCAAGAAGGGUAUCGUCGCCAUGGUUGCAAUUGCUACGCGUCCGGCGAAGAACUCAAUACCGAGUGUAUCAUGCCGCGUGCGUGGCAAGAUAUGCUGGCCUGGCUCAAUAAGCUCUCUGAAGACCCGUCCUACGCGGAACAAAUCAUAAUCAAACCUGAGGAUUUCGACGACUCGGCCAUUGAAGUUGAAGCGCCGGACAAUUCGGUCGAUCCUCAGCAGGAACGCUGA